UUUUUUUUUUUCGAAUAACAAAAAAAACUAAAAAAUAAAAAAUAAAUAAAAAUCUAAUCUUCUAUUGAUGGGUUCUCUCUGGGGCAUUAGUUCAAUUCAAAUUCAAAUUCAAAUACAAAUACAAAGAUACAUAUUUAUUAUUAUUGAUUGUUGACCUUUCAAUAGGUGGAAAUUCAUCUGAGAAAGAGAAUUCCAACUUUGAGCAUGUCCAGCAGCAAGGUGAAGGGUCUUCUUAAAGGCCUAAGAUACAUAUCUCAAAUAUUUGAAAAUGAAAAAGAACAAGAAAUACAAAUUGGACAUCCGACGGAUGUAAAGCAUGUGGCCCAUAUAGGAUGGGAUGGGCCCUCAGUAACUUCUCCCAGCUGGAUGAAUGAAUUUAAAACAGCUCCAGGAUUUACAUCAGCACCUUUAACUCUUACAGGAGAUGCUCAGACCAAAGCACAAGAUAAUACAGUCAAAUGGAUAUCCGAAGAUUCAAGGAGAAGUACAAGGAGUGUGAAUACUCAAGGUCAAGGAAGGGAUUUGCCUGAAUUACCAAAGGCAUCUAAAAGACAAACAAAUGGUAACAUGACAGAUUCUCCCACAAGGGAAAAACCAAGGCAAUCAAGAAAGUCAUCAAACAACAAACAUUCAAACCUAAAGGAUUCUUCAGAUGGAUCCAAACAAGCCCAACAACAACUCAUGUCCACGGAUUCACAGAUCCAACAAGUAGAUGGGCCACAGGCCCAAAAUCUUCCAGACAUGCCCAAAAAGAUUCGUAGGAAGAAGUCCAAAGAUAAUUCAAGUGGUGGGUCAUCCAAAUUGAGAUCCAAAGUCCAACAAUCAUCAGAUCCAAAUUUGGACUUUGGGUCUCCAUCUUCCAAGUCUAGGAACAAACCAAGGCCCUUUGAAGAAAAUGAGCAAUAUGAAAGAGAAUUGAGUAGGAUAUCUUGAGGAAUUGUUGUACUUUUAUACUAUUAGUUAGACUAUUGUAUAGAUAUAAUUCUUAAAACUAGAACACUUUCCUAACCCUGCUUCUUUUUUU